AUGGAAUCCACGGCUCACUGGGACAACAGACCAUCCAAUGUCAGCACCUACCAGGUUGUGCUCAGGAACAACUCCAAUUCGAGUUCUCAGUUUACUGGUGUGCAGCUCAUCCAGGCUUUCAAACCUCUGAUCAUCCCCUGCUACACCUUGGUGGUGCUUGUGGGCAUCUUGGGAAACUAUCUCCUCCUUUACGUGAUCUGUAAGACCAAGAAGAUGCACAACGUCACCAACUUCUUCAUCGGAAACCUGGCCUUCUCGGACAUGCUGAUGUGCGCAACCUGUAUCCCCUUUACCUUGGCGUAUGCCUUCAACCCCCAAGGAUGGGUCUUUGGGAAGUUCCUGUGCUAUUUUGUGUUCCUGAUGCAGCCCAUGACAGUAUAUGUGUCUGUUUUCACCCUCACGGCUAUUGCAGUGGACAGAUACUAUACCACCGUUCACCUUCUCAAGAAGCGCAUCUCGUUCAUGAGCUGCGUGUAUAUCAUCGGGGGGAUCUGGCUGCUCUCCUGUGCCCUGGUGGCUCCAGCCGUUGCCCACACCUACCAUGUGGAGUUCCAGAAGGAAGGCUUUGCUAUCUGCGAGGAGUUCUGGAUGGAGGAAGAGAAAGAGCGCCUGGCCUAUGCCUACAGCACCUUGAUCAUCACAUACAUCCUUCCCCUGUCGGCCGUCUCCCUCUCAUACAUCUGCAUCACCAUCAAGCUGAAGAACCGCGUUGUGCCCGGUCACCCGACGCAGAGCCAGGCGGAGUUCGACCGCCUGUGGAAGAGGAAGGUCUUCAGGCUCCUGGUGCUGGUGGUGGCCGCCUUUGCCAUCUGCUGGCUCCCCAUCCACGUCUUCAAUAUCAUCCGUGACAUCGACAUCAACCUCAUCAACAAAGACUACUUCCUUCUGAUCCAGCUGCUCUGCCACUGGUUUGCCAUGAGCUCCGCCUGCUGCAAUCCCUUCCUCUAUGCCUGGCUGCACGAUCGCUUCCGAAGCGGGCUGAAGGAAAUGUUCACCUUCAAGCAGAAGAUCAUCCCUGCCAAUAAUUGUGUAGCGGUCAGUGUAAUGCUUUGA